UCUAAGCGUUUAUGUUUCUGUGUAUUCUCUUUGUUGGCCCGGCUUGUGCGCUCGUAGACAACUAGAUUGUCCCCGAGAACAAUGCGUCCCUUUCGCUCCUCUGGGCCACCUUGUAUAGUCUGCAGCACCAUCCAAGGCUUCUGGAACACUAGUGGCUUCCACACUCACUUUAUGGAAAGCCAAGGGACGGCCAGAAAUGUCAUGGCAACAAGGGUGAUGCAAAUGAUGAUCAACUCUACCUUCAACAAGUGAGCCAAUUCCCUUGUUGGACUGUCAUGCAUGUGGGGACAGACACGGGACGGUUCUUGUUGCAGGCAGGUUACGGGAUCUUCUGCAUUAG